UUGAUUUCUCUCGCAUCUCCUCCUCCAAUCUUGGGCUUCGAAAUCGCACCCCCACUCUCACUUCUCCUCCCUCGAUUCGCCCCUGCUUCUUCGACGGCUCGCCCCGCCUAUUUUCCAUCCCGUCUCGCCCAAAAGCUUCAGCUGAAAGGAAAAACAUUAGAUGUCAAGAUGCGUGGGAUAAAGAAGAAAAAAAACACAAGCAUCAAGGGUUGAAGAAGAAAAAGAAACACAAGCGUCAUCAUGAUGGAGAGUCUCAAAGUGGAGAUAAUGGACUUCAAGCAGAAAUUAUGCAGUUUUCCGCAAGUAAGUCGCGGUUGGAUCAACCGUGGAUCGUACUGAAGAUCAGCUGGAAGGGGAUCGAGAAUCCGGAGCGUGGCAAGGUCUAUUAUCACUACGACAGCACGACAAUCAUGACGACAAUCGCCAAAGACGUCAGCUGCUUCAUCGAGAACCUGGAUGGCAGCAUGACCGAGAUCUUCCAGAAGCUCAACGUGGCCGUUCCUUUUCUGAGCCGCCUGCCUCCCGACAGCAAAGAUAAACUGCAAAUAGAGCGGGAGUUGUGGGACCGAGUAUGCAAAGCUCUAAGAAAGUGCGGCUCCGGAGGCUUUAUGCUUUGUUUUGCAAUCACCGUACCAUUUGGUUCGGUUCAGUACCCGUUUGCAAUUAUAAAAGAUGCGCGCGCGCUCGAAAUAGAUCCUCUGUUUUCUCCAAUAAACCAACAUCCGAGACUUACCACCGUGCUGCCUACCGAUGCAGCUUCUUUGUGCUGUCCGAUCUGUUUGGAUAAGUUAUUCGGAGAGGAGUCGGCUGUCGAAUGGCUUCCUUGCGCUCAUUGCUUCCAUCAUGGCUGCAUUAAUAGUUGGCUCAAAUCCAACUGGACCUGUCCAGUCUGUCGACUUAGUAUUGAAAUAGAUACUUAGCUUAGUAUAGAAAAAUUAUGUAAGUAAUUUUUAUCCAAGAAUCAAACGAUUUUAGGACUAGACUAGACUAACUUGGUGGUACAAGGUCAUUAGGAGAAGGGAAAGAGUAUUAUACGGCUUCGAUUGUUAAAAUAUAUAUUUUCUUACUAGUUGAGAUUAACUCAGUAAUUUAUUAUCUUUA